AUGAGAGUUAGCACGAGCGACCCUCCCUCUCCGACGCUGGGGCGUCAGAACGGCACUACGUUCAGCUUUCGGCGCGAGGGCGCGCAUCAUCAUCGGACGGGGACGCAUCCGCAUUUGUUGUCGAGUCGGAGGAAGCCGAGGAGAUGGCCGUUAGUCUUCAGGUUCAUCAAGGGUGCUAUCCACGCUGCGAUUCUGGUGCCCGUGUGCCUGCAUGCGCUGUUUACGGCGUUUGUGGUCUACCUUGAUGAGUAUGUUUUUGAUACAGUUGGUCUGCCGAAUAGCAUUAUUCCGUCUCUGUCUAUCGUCGUGGGUUUGAUGCUCGUCUUCCGCAAUCAGACAUCCUACAAUAGAUUCUGGGACGGCCGCAACGGCAUGAACACAAUCAACACCUGUGUACGCAAUCUCGUCCGUACGAUUGUCACAAAUGGCUACAGUGAGCGCGGCCCUCCCACCGCCGCUGAACAGCAGGACAUCGAGCGGACAAUCCGUGUUCUCAUGGCGAUUCCCUUUGCCGUCAAGAACCACCUUCGCGCUGAAUGGGGCGCGGCAUGGGCUUUGGGGAGCGAUGUUAAUGAGAAUGGCACCGCGGUGUAUGACACUGACUACGCGAGCCUUCUUCCCGCGGGCCUGGAGGGUCAUGAGGAUGACGGGCUCGGUCUGCCUUUCCAAUUGACCUUCUUUGUGGAUGGGUUUAUCAAAAGGGGUGUGGAACGGGGGUGGUUCAAUGCUCCCGGAGCGAGUCAGAUGCAAGGCCAGCUGAACACGUUGACAGAUGCGUAUGGGAGGAUGGAAACGAUCAAAUUGACUCCCAUACCUGUCGCUCAUUUAAUCCAUCAAAAGCAAGUCCUCGCGCUGUUUGGAUGUGUGCUCCCGUUCGCCAUGGUCGAUGACAUGGGAUGGUGGGCCAUCCCGAUAGUCAGUCUUGUGAUCUUCACCUUGUACGGCAUUGAGGGCAUUGGCUCUCAACUCGAAGAUCCCUUUGGAUAUGACCGCAACGACAUCAAGAUGGACGCCAUAGUCGGAGACGCCAAGAUCGAAAUCGGUGCUGUGCUUUCAGAGUGGCGGAAGCUUAUGGCUUCCAUGGUGUCAAAUCCUCCACCCGCGGAUGGGAAUGGCGUUACCGAGGAAAACAAAUCUAGCUUUGCGCCUCCUGAUAUGUUCUUGAAGGCUGCCCCGAGAGUAUCGAGGUGA